AUUUAAAACACCUUCUGAAAAUUUGUCCGGUCCCCUAUUCAACCUUAUCCGAACCCAAUAAACUGUACAUCGACGUACCACACAGUGCCGAAAUCCGAAAAAAAUGGUACCAACGUGCGCGACGAAAUUAUGAAAAUAUAUCUAUGAAAUCCCAUAUGUUCUUUUGUGAGGAUCAUUUUGAUCUGCCGAAUGACAUGAUCAAUUAUAUGAGGUAUCGUGUGAUGGGUACAGUUAAAAAGAUUAUGAUGAGACCAGGCUGUCUGCCCACUAAAUUUGAUUGCCAAAAGUCUAGUCCUGAUUUAGUCGCAACUACCAUUGAUCUAGAUGAUGAAUCGCAGAGGUUGGCUGCUACUCAAGAAACAUUAGAAGACAGUGUAUUAUCAUCUGACAAAAACAAAAACAAUAAAACCUUGUUUACCAAUCCAGAAGGGAGAUGCCAUAUGAUAGAAAUUCCAUUGUCAGCAAAACAAUUUGCAUUGGCAGGAUACGGAACAGUCGGUCUCUCACAAGAAAUUCAUACGUCACCGGCGGAUGCUGUAUCAAAUGAGUUGGACGCGGAAUUAGAAGUCAAAAUUGAAAAUGCAGAUGAAGUUCCAGACAACACGUCGUUAUACUGUGACGAAUAUGAGAACGUCCCCGAGCAGAGUACUCAACAACCAGGUGUGGCGUCAUUGUUCAACGGAUUCCAAUGCAGUAUUUGCAAUAAUGAAAUUGUUGGGUUCCGCUACACGUGUGUGCAGUGCAGCGACUUGGACCUGUGCGGCGCGUGCGAGGCCGAUGGAGCGCACCACCAACACUACGUGCUGCGAAUACCCGCCGAUAGAUCUACGGAGGAAACCGAGACGGUGUUAGCCACGAUACGUUUACACCUGAUGAAGGAUCUGGACCCUAUUGCAGAACUCGAGCCGGACCCUGGGAAGAGUGUGGCAUUGGAAAUAAAAUCAGAAAGGGAGGAGGAUAGUAAUAUCACAAUCGAGGAUGAAGGAAUUAACUAUGCGGUGACAUUUGAUCCGAUCAUAACAGACAAAAUUAACACUGAUGAAUCUAUGGCGGUAUCCAUAGAAGGGAAUGGAGGUCAGGGUAAUACAGGAGUGCAACUAAAUAGUUCUGUAGAUUCCAUGGUCACCAGCGAGACGAAGCCGACACAGAAACUUACAGGAACUAAGAGGAAUAUUGGUGUCACAACGUCAGAGUUACAGAACACGAUAAAAGAAUAUGUAGAAAAGCCGCAAAUAAUACAAGAAAAACACAAAGAAUCCUUAUCACCGAAGAACAAAUAAGUAAAGCGAAAAUUCUUAUGCAAGAGGGCAUUAGUCAAAGACGAGCUGCAGAGCUAGUAGGUAUCAGUGAAGGCGCUUUGAGAAAGAGGCUCAAGUCCACUCAUGUACCCACGUCAUUAGGCCGCUACAAACCCACAUUCACCAAAGAACAAGAGAGAGAAUUUGCAACACACUGUCAGGAUAUGAACGAAAUGUUUUCUGGUAUUUCAAUUAUUGAUUUACGCCGCUUGGCGUAUGAGUUUGCAUCAGCUAAUAAUAUACAAAAUCGAUUUGAUAAUGCAUCGAGGAGGGCUGGUCGGGAAUGGAUAGCUGGCUUUAUUCAACGGCAUCCUCAUUUACGUUUACGAAAAUCAAAGUCUAUAAGCUCAGCUAGACCAAUUGACUUUAAAAAAGCUCAUGUUGAUCUAUUUAAGAAAAGCUCAAAGAAGUAGUUGAAAAAUAAAAUUUUCAGCCAUAGUAGAUAAGUGAACUUACGGUCAAUAAUUCAAACCGCAUUUGGGUCCUUCCAUAUUGUUUGGAGAAAUCUUUUCGAAUUGAAGAAAUUACUCAGAUAAUAAUGUGUAAACAUGGAAAGCGAUGAAGAAGAUAAUAUUAACAAAGAUAAUACAAGAAAUAACGUUGUGCCAGUGGCACAAGAAAGAAUUGUUGUGAAUUCUUUUGUUUCUGACAUUCCGGCUGUGACUACGGUUCAAUUGAGCCAACUACCCUAAAUGACAAAAAAGAAGAAAACUUAUAAUGUCUAAAUAUUCCUUCUAGACCUUAUAACACUGUCAGAAGAUAUGCAGAAAUUAUUUGAAGGUAGCAACUUUAAAAGUUUGGAUACAGGAUGUUAUGCAAAUAAAUGUUGUCCUUAAUCUUGGACUAUAAGGAAUGAUGAAAAAAAAAUAUGCAGGACAAGACAAAUAGAAUAGAAAAAAGGAAUAAUUUAUUUUUUGUUAAAUUUGUACCAAAUAAAUGUGUCCAACCAAGGAGAAAUGGAUCCAACGUAUCACAUAUUUCAUAUGGACUAUCAUUUAUGAAUAAGGCUUUUUAUAUCAACACCACUACUAAUCUAAUCCCUCCCAAUAGUAGAGGAGGCCCGUGCCCAGUAGUGUGAUAGUAUAUAAUACAGGGCUGAUAUUAGUAUAUCGACAUAUAAUCUCAUUGCAAUUACUUUAAGUAGUUUCUUACACUUUUCAUCAGGGAUCUGCAAUAGAGCGUUGGCACGGGAAGGGCCGCUCCUCCUGCCUAGAUUUGGAUUUGUCAAAUUAUUUGAAUUACCUUCAUGGAAUUCUCGCUUUACCCCCCAAAGUUCAAAGGUUGGGAUUUUGGGCCUCUUCAAUUAAAAGUAGAUCGCCCUUAGCAAUACCGCGUAAGUAGCACUGGUGAAUACCUUGUAAAUGUCGAAAAGUUAAAUUAAUAUUAAUACAUUCAAUUCAAACUAAAUAUCAACACUUUCCGUUUUAACUUUUCCUUGAAAAACUUUUUUUGUUCCUUUUUACCAAUGCUAGUUACACGGUGUACACUACCCAAAGAUGUAUAGUUACUAUUCUGUUCCGGUUUAAAUUUUUUAAAUGAAGUCUAUGAAAGAACUGAUUUAAUUAUAUUGGUUUUAUGAUUAAAUAAACCCCGAGGGUUGCACUUUCAUUAAGUUAACGUUAAGUAUUUUAUUUAAAAUAUUAAUCGUUUUUGAUAAAAUAACUGAUUUAUAAUGUUGAUCUCAUUUUUAGUAUGAUAAUUAUUUUCUUGUUCAUUAUAUUUAGAAGAAACUUCAAAAGCUUUUAAAGCUCUAGAACAUAUAUAAUUGUCUAAAGUAUUUUAUAUUUUAAGACGUUUUAUUUUUUAUUACGUAUAAUAAUACUAUUGUU